CUGAGUACAAGGCCAAGACUUGCCAAUCCAUGGCGUGGAGAUUUUCAAAUGGACAUGCCGCAAGAGGUGUUUGAAUGCAUUUCUAAAGACCUUAUGCAACGCACAAGCUUCGGUCAACGAUUUAGGGAAACAAAUACACAAGUUGUAUACGAGAUAACAGAUAUGCGAAAAGCGAAAUAUUUAUUCGCGAGGAUGGAUUUAGAUGGUACAGAAGUCGAUCCUGAUGUGAUUUUAAAAAGGCGUAUGGCACCUGUGCAAAAUAGCCUUGAGAGGUGUGAGGUGUUGGUGUCGAAUGAAAAGCCAAUGGAGCUCAAAUUUAAUAAG